CGUCUGUACGUUUUCCACCCCUAAAGCUCGUCCCCGGCCCGGCCCAGCCCACACACGCUCCCCGCCCCGGGCCUGGCUAAGCUCGCAGGGCUGAGUCACUGGUUCACGUGUCUCUCCUACUGCCUGGAACCAGUGAAUCCCCAGCCGGGGCUGCAGGCUUGUAACCAUGGAGAAACUGAGUAAUGCAAACACCCAUUUUGCUCUCGAUCUGUUUAGAAAGUUGAAUGAAACCAACCCAACAGGAAAUAUCUUCUUCUCACCAGUCAGUAUUUCUGCUGCACUGGCCAUGGUCCUUUUAGGGGCUAAAGGUAACACAGAGACACAGCUGUUGAAGACCCUUCAUUUUGAUGUUGUUGAAGAACUUCAUUCAAGAUUUCAGACCCUGACCUCUGACAUAAACAGAAGUGGAGCUUCCUAUCUGUUGAAGCUUGCCAGUCGGCUUUAUGGAGAGAAGACCUACAAUUUUUUAGCAGACUUCUUGACUAAGACUCAGAAACUAUAUGGAGCUGAUUUAGCUACGGUUGAUUUUCUACUUGCUCCAGAUGAAGCAAGGAAACAAAUUAACCAGUGGAUAGCAGAGCAGACUGAAGGUAAAAUUCCCAACCUGUUGUCUGAUGGCUCAGUUAAUAAUAUGGCCAAACUAGUGUUGGUGAAUGCUAUUUAUUUCAAAGGAAAUUGGGCUGAGAAAUUUAAAGAAGCAGAUACGAAACAAAUGCAAUUUCGGUUAAAUAAGAAUGAAAAAAAGACAGUGCAAAUGAUGUAUCAGAAAGAGAACUAUCCUUUUGGGUACAUCUCUGAACUGAAAUGUCGUGUGCUAGAGCUUCCCUAUGAUGGAAAAGAACUUAGCAUGAUCAUCCUGUUACCUGAUGACAUUGACGAUAACUCCACUGGACUCCAGCAGCUAGAGAAGCAAAUCACCUUAGAAAAGCUCCAGGAAUGGACACAGCCACAAAAUAUGCAUCCCAUUGAUGUUCAUGUGCAUCUGCCUAAAUUUAAGCUGGAAGACAGCUAUGACCUUAAAUCAGAUUUAGCAGGUCUGGGCCUGCAGGAUAUAUUUGACAGUGGCAAGGCUGACUUGUCUGGAAUGUCAGGUGCACGAGACCUCUUUCUAUCUAAAAUUGUACACAAGUCUUUCAUAGAAGUGAAUGAAGAAGGCACAGAAGCUGCAGCUGCCACUGCUGGCAUUGCUAUGUUCUGCAUGCUUAUGGAAGAGGAUUUCAACGCUGAUCAUCCUUUCCUUUUCUUCAUCCGUCACAACCCUACACAAAGCAUACUUUUCUUUGGCAGGUAUGCUUCUCCAUAAAAGAGAAGACAGAGCUACAGCUGAGGACCUGAUCCUAUUUCCACUUAAACCAGUGGGAACCUGUAAUGAAGUUCUGACAAAUUUUCACUGCAAUUCUCCAUGUCACAAUAAAAUGACUACUCAGAAAUUGAUACCUAAGAUCCUUCCUGGGCUUCUUUGCCAAUUCCUGUGAACUGGCAGUGACUUCCCUUUGGUGUAAUCCCCCUCACUGCUGACUUUGAUCCAGUAAUUCAAUGUGCUUCCUCAGCAGGAUAAGUUUGCAAGCCUUUUCCUUUCUUAGAGCUUGGCUACACUUGCAAGUUAGAGCGCAUUAAAGCAGCCCUAGGUGUCCUAACUCACAACCCUUCCACACUGACAAGGCACUUAGAGCACCUGGACUCUGCAGCUGGAGCGCUCCUGAGUAGUCCACCUCCACGAGAAGCAUAAUGCUUGCUCCGCCUCGGCUGAAAUGCCCCAGCGUCAGUGUGAACAUGGUGUUGCAUUACUGUGCUCUGAUCGGCCUCCGGAAACAUCCCAUAAUCCCCUUAAGUCAAGUGGCCGCUCUUGUCAUUGUUUUGGAAUCGGCUAUAGGAAUGCGGAUAUGCCCUUUCAAAGCUCUGUUUCUGACAACCGUCUUCUUAUCUGCUCGGGGACAAAGCAAACCAUUACUGUGGAAUGCUGCUGUUGUGAGUGUGAGAGAGAGGUGGGGAGGAGGGGGGUCUGCUGCUGUCUGAACUUAGAAGACAGCAUGUUGACAUGCUCUCAGCCCCCAAAAACCCACACUCUCUCUCCCCACAUACACACAACAAACUGCCUGUCACACUCCACCCCUACCCCCACCAUUUGAAAAGUACGUUGCAGCCACCUGCCUGCUGGGAUAACUACCACAAUGCACUGCUCUCUCUGGCGUUGCAAGAGUUGCUAAUGUGGCCACGGCAGUGUGCUUAAAUCUGACAGUGUGGACACACUGCACCACUUUCCCUACUGCACUCUCCGAGAUCUGGUUUAACUCCCAGUGCUCUACAUCUGCAAAUGUAGCCAUAGCCUUAGAGUCUUCUUUUAGAGGCCUUUGAACAAAAUGCUGUUUGGCACCAGAAGGCACUGAACAGCCGAGUGGGCCUUAUGUCUUGGGAUAAAAGGUCAAUAAGCAUGUGUCUAGAGAGACUUUCUAUUCUUACAGAGAGCAUUAAGCUGUUUAAACAUGUACAACCCUUACAAUCACUGUUUCAGAACUCUAGUAUGAUAUUGCUUCUGAAUGAGGAGGUGGAAAUGGGACAGGCCAUUUCUUAAUGGUUUUUUAAGAAAUCUUAACACUUCUGUACAUUUUAAAGAAAAAAUUUUUAAAUGGUUUCAUCCGUUUAAAAUGUAUGGAGAUUUUGAGAGGUCUUGAAAGAUUUUUCAGAUCGUUGAAACUAACUUUCCAAAAGGGCAUGCAAUCUUGGCCUAAAACUAUAAUAUCAACACAGGAAAGAUUCCUGCUUUCCAGGGAACUGCUCUGUAGCUGUUCCAAAUAUCUUAAGUACAAUUUACAUAUAUUAAUGCUACAGUGAGCUCUGGCCCACGUGGCUGGCUGGCUGCCUAUUGUCUCUUUACAAACUGAUUUUUGCACCAAAUAACAGUUUGACUUCUAGGAACUGGUGUACUUAUGUACUCGUAAUAUCCUGCUGUUGCUUCCUGUUAGUACUAGUAGCCUGUAUAAUUUCAUGUAGAUCCUGUGCAGUUAUUUCUAUGCAUUAACAGUAUAACCUCAGAUAUAUUCUGAGAGUCUAAUUCUGUAUUCCUUUGUGAACCUCACUAUAACUUUGCCUUGGAAGUACAAAUAAACGGUUGUAUUUAAAAAAAAAAA